AUGGAAGGUAAUUCAUCCGAGGGUGCAUCUCAAAGUUCUGUUGAGGAUGAUCAUUCUCUGAUGGAUGGCUCUGAAUCCGAGCUUCAAUCGAAUAAAGAGAGUCUGGUUCGUGCUCAGGAGAAAGAGAGAGCUGCUUUAUUGAAGGCCAAUAUUCUAUCUCAGGAGGUAAACUUGUUAAAAUCUGAACUGAAAUCUACCAGAGAAGCUGAAGAAAACAACCUAAAAGCCAUGGAUGAUUUAGCGUUCGCAUUGAAAGAAGUGAGAAUGGAAGCAAAUGAAGCCAAGGAGGAACUGUCGGUAACAAAAUACGAGCUGGAGAAAUCAAGAGAGGAGGUGGAACUUUUGAAGAUGAUGUUGACCAACAUUCAGCUCAUGUAUAAUGAAGCAAAGGGUGAAGCUGAUGUAUUCAAAAACACUUCUGAGAGAUUAAAAUUAGAAGCUGAAGAAAGUCUUAUGGCAUGGAAUAUGAAAGAGACAGGCUUUGUGGAUUGCAUUAAAAAACUGGAAGACGAAAGGAAUGCUGCACAAGAAGAGAAUAAAAGCCUGCUUGAAUCACUUAAAGAGGCUCAAAACAUGUACAAGAGGACCAUGGAAGAGAAUCAGAAAUUUCGGGGCAGCAAGAAACAAGCCAAUUAUGUAAGCAAAGCAGUCUCAAACAAAAAAUAUGAAGCUUUGAGUUUUCAUUCCCAAGGGAAUGAAAAACCUAAGAUAAAGGAAGCAACAAAUUUUGAGAUAAUUAGGGAGUGGAAGCUAUUGUUUUGUGAAGAACAAAGCAACAAACAAAAGCCACUGAGAUGUACAGAUCCAAAGGAACAACAAAAAGAUGGUAAAGAAGCUAACAAGAAAGCAAAGCAACAAAAGUCGGGCACCCCCUGUUUGAACCUAAAAUUCCCACAUAAAAGCAAGGAUGCAGAAGAGGAUAUUGAAAACUUAAUCAAAGAUAGUGAUGGAGAAUCAGACUCUGAAUUGUUUGAUCCACUAAGGGGAUCCAUAUUUGAUGAAGCUGAGACUCCGAAAGCUGCAUCACCGAUUGCAACCAGGCACCGGAAUAAGCCUUCCUUUGCCGCAAAUGAUGAAUCAAAUAGUGGGGAGGAGUUUUAUCCUAUUGAUUCGACCAAUUUCGAUGAAGAAAACUAUAAGACGACGAGAAAAAAGAAAGCAUUGUUAAGUAGAUUUAGUGAACUUAUAAAGAUAAGAACUUUUAAUUAG